AUGCUUCGCGACGCUAUCGAGGCGAGGCCGGUGGCGUUCGACCAGCUCAAGGUCCUGGGCAACUUCUCCAAAAAAGAGGAAAAGUCCAUUUUUGAUCUCGUCAAGGCGAGCCAGGUGUCCAAGCCCCUCGCCUCUGGCUCCGGUAAGCCGCCCCGCGCAAGGAGCAACGCGUUGAGCGAGGGGCCGCGCGCCGACGCCGCCUCGCCGAGGGUCGCCGCCACCCCGCCAUAUCCGCUGCACAGAAACCGAAGCUUCCAACUCCUGAACGAAGGCCGCGCUUUCGGAGCGCCGGAGAGGCCCACGAUGCUCAAAAAAAUGGGGGAGAACCGGCGCAGAGCGAGCGACGUCUCCGAGUGCUUCAGACGCAUCAACUUGGCGGACAUCCAAGUCGCGGAGCAGAUCUCGGGCACCACCGAGAGCAUGGUCGCGAAUUGCAUCGUCGACGGGUGGAACUGCGUCGUGAAAAUCGUCAGACUCAACAGAGAGGGCACGGACUCGGACAUGGUUCAAAGCGCCCUCGUAGAACUCAGAAUUUACUCUAGUUUGCCGCCUCACCCAAAUAUAGCUCGCUAUCUGUUUCAUCGAAAAACCGAAACGUCUUUAAAACUUUUUUUGACCAAAUAUUCGACGUCGCUUCGCAGCCUCAUUUUGAAAAAAAAAUCUGCUUUGCCGGCGAGAAGCAGCCUCGAGGAGGACGUCGUGGACCCGCCGAACGCGCCGACGGUGUACUAUUUCUCCCCGUCGGACAUCGCCUUUUGGCUGCUGAGCAUCUGCAGAGGGGUCGAGUACCUGCACAGCUACAAGGUGGUUCACUGCGACCUGAAGCCCGACAACGUGCUCUGCCUGCUGAACAACGACUACUCCGUGCAGAACGUCGUCAUCGCCGACUUCAACAGCGCCAAGCUGGACUUCGAGGACUGCUAUUCGAGCAAGCCCGUGGGGACCGCCGCCUACAUGUCUCCGGAGGUGUUUUGUUCCAACAACCACCACCUCUUCAGCUACGAAGCGGACAUCUGGUCCAUCGGCAUGACGCUGUACGAGAUGAUCACCUUGAAGGAACCGUACGAAGACGAGGACGCCUUCCAGGUCCCCGACUUGGUGAAGCAAGGAAUUAAGCCCAAGUUGCCCAAGUUCACCGAGUCGGCGGAGUACAGAGGUCUCAUCGAGAUUUAUCAUAAAUGCGUCGAGAUUGACCCGAAGGACAGGUUGAGCAUCAGGAUGCUCAUCAAAAUGACCAGUGCUUUGAUAUACUGA